AGUCUUCCUCUAGUGCUAGACUCAUUCGAGGCCCUUCCAACUGCAGUCAAAAAUCAUGUCAUGACUCAGCUGUUAAAGCGCUGUCCUUUUUCCUCCUUGCAAUUCAUGUCUUCAUUGAUUCUUCCGUCCUUGAAAAGAGACUUUAUUGGUCAAUUACCCGUCGAACUAUCCUACCAGAUUAUCGCAUUCUUGGAUCUUAAAACUCUGGGCCGUUGCCAGCGUGUAUCCAAGAGCUGGCUAAGCGUCGUGGAUGGCGAAGGCUCUGAACUAUCUAUUUGGAAAAGACGUUUGGUCAAUGAGGGAUUUGUUGAUGACGAUGAAAUCUCGACAGCUUUCGCUAAACUAUACAGACGUCACCAUUUGAUUCGUCGUAACUGGCUGUUGGGAAGAUACCACCACAUCUCUUUCCCUGGACAUGGUCCAAAUGUUGUUACUUGUUUGCAGUUUGAUACCGAAAAGAUUGUGUCAGGUUCUGAUGACCAGACCAUUCAUGUUUACAAUACUGCGGAUGGAACCUUGCUAAAACGACUUGAAGGACAUGAGGGUGGAGUUUGGGCUCUUCAGUACUGGAAAAACACUCUUGUUUCUGGUUCUACCGACCGCAGUGUUCGUGUUUGGGAUAUCGAAAAUGGAGAAUGCUCUCACAUCUUUGAUGGCCAUACCUCUACUGUGCGCUGCUUGAUGAUCAUUAUCCCUCAAAGUAAUGAUGCUACAGAUGAUGGUAUUGCUGCUCUUGAGCAUCCUGUCAUUGUCACGGGUUCAAGGGAUGCAACAUUGCGUGUAUGGCGGCUACCUGAUCCUCGUCGUGAUCCACACUGGUCUCCUGCUAUGGCUGCCAUGAUGACGGCUCAAUAUCAUGUAUCCAAUCCCUAUUUCAUGCAUGUCUUGCUGGGCCAUUCAAAUUCAGUUCGGGCUAUUGCCGGCCAGGGCAAUGUUCUUGUUAGUGGCAGUUACGACUGCACUAUUCGUGUUUGGGACAUCACCAAAGGCGAGUGUGUGCAUAUAUUCCGUGGCCAUCGUGAAAAAGUCUAUUCUGUUGGCUAUUGCCAUGAACUCCGUCGUGCUGUCAGUGGCAGUAUGGAUGCCACUGUCAAAGUGUGGUGUACACGUACUGGUGUCGCUCUAUUUAAUCUCGAGGGUCAUACUUCUCUUGUAGGACUCUUGGAAUUAUCACCCAACUAUCUGGUUUCUGCCGCUGCCGAUGCUACGUUGCGUGUGUGGUCUCCUGUCACAGGUCAGUGUCUGUCCAACCUAACAGGCCACUCUGCAGCCAUCACCUGCUUCCAUCACGAUCCUAAAUGUAAUCGAAUUGUAUCUGGUUCGGAUGGUGGCAUCAAGAUUUGGGAACUGUCUUCUCCUGUCUAUGGUCGAUUCCUAAGAGAUACGAUUGGAGGUGUUCAAGGUGUCUGGCGUGUUCGAACUGAUGAAACUCGUCUUGUCUGCGCUGUACAGCGAGAAGAAGGCGGUACAUGGUUUGAAGUACUAAACUUUGACGUGGACAACGAUGCUCCAAGCGGUAGCAAGGUGGUAUCACACGAUCUGACCAGUGACUUGAAUGCUGCAGCAUCAGCUGAAUCGUCGUCAUUCUUUGGCGGAGAACUUCAACAUUUGGAUUCAUCAUCAUCAUUGUAUUCUGGUACGGGUGCUGUCGUGUCCACACCUACACCUGCUGGGUCAUUGCUAAAUAUGUCUGCAGCCGCUUCAUCAUCAGCAACUGGUGGCGAAGAGGGAAUGUUCAUGUUAGGAGUGCUCCCUCAUGUAUCUUAUUCUACACAAGGCAAUAGGCGGACUAGCAGACCUGGAUCAACAUCACAGCCAAUGAUGUUUGAACCAUUGAGUCAAUAA